AUGGAGGAAGAGGACGACGAGGACAAGAUUGAGUUUUCUUUUGGAGGUGGCGGUCGACGAACCGGUUUGGAUCUCCCACCAGGAACUAAAAAACCUGAUUUCGAGUGGACUGUUCAGGGAGGGGUCAUGAGAGAAGUGAUGGAUCAAGGAAACAGACGUGUUUGUUGGACAGUGGCAGCAUCUAGGGAAUUAUCUGGACGUCUUAUAGUUGCUGAGAGAUUUGAUCCUCCACUGCGUCUAUCCGCGUUGCAUUUGUUAGUGGGUCUUAUCGAGGAAGUCGACUCCGAGGGCGGACUUAAAAGGCUAGGCCACUUACGCGCGUUUAUGAUCGAGCAUGGAACAAUCUUGGAGGAUGAUUGCAAGUGUCCCCAACUAGCUCUACAACUUAAGGAAGAUCGUUCUAAACCCAAUCCUAUUAUGUGCACUGAGAAAAAGAGCGCAAAGCGUGUAGGUCGGUUUAAAGUUCAUGAUCUGACCAUUAAGAAAGUGGUAGACGAAACAGAAAUCAUGCAUUUGCUCAAAACCGGUCCAGUGGCUGUGGGUAUAAAUGUUUAUGAAGAAUUUUCAGACUUCGAGGGGGACGGAAUCUACCCAGGCCCUAACAAAGGUAGCUUAAAGAUCGACGACCACUUAUUCAUAGUGUACGGCUACGGAACUACGCCGGAGGGAAUUCACUAUUGGAAGGUGCAAAACUCCGCCGGGCGUAAAUGGGGAAAGGAUGGCUUCGGAAAAAUAAUCCGACAGAUUAGCCGUCCCAAAGGACAACCCUCUUUGUUCACCCGCGUCGUAUAUCCUACGCUUCUCGUUAACUAUGAAGGGCAAAAGGUACAAAGAGGAGUUCAAAGAGGAAGACACUUUAUAUUUGGAAAAACACUUUCUGUGUAG